UGGUUUCAUCUCUGAGCCGUGAGAGGAGUUACCCCCUCCGAGGUCGUUGGGGUUCAGCAAGAAGUAACAUCAUCAAUACUUCCGGGUCACCUUCUUCUAAGGUCAUGUGGACCUCACGCCUGCUCUUCAUCUUCACCUUGUUCGCCCCCCUCACCCUUGCGGUGAGUCGAGCCCCUGUCCCCAUGGCGGUGGUCCGUAGGGAACUGUCCUGUGAGUCCUACCCCAUCGAGCUACGCUGCCCGGGCACAGACGUCAUCAUGAUUGACAGCGCCAACUACGGACGCACCGACGACAAGAUCUGUGACUCGGACCCAGCACAGAUGGAGAACACUAGAUGUUACCUGCCCGACGCAUACAAGAUCAUGUCCCUCAGGUGUAACAACCGUACCCAGUGUGUUGUGGUAGCUGGACCUGAUGUCUUCCCUGACCCCUGUCCUGGAACAUACAAAUACCUGGAGGUUCAGUACGAGUGUGUCCCCUACAAAGUGGAACAGAAAGUGUUCCUGUGUCCAGGUAUCCUACGAGGCGUGUACCAGAGUGAACACCUGUUUGAGUCCGACCACCAAUCAGGAGCCUGGUGUAAAGAUCCAUUCCAGGCCUCUGAUAAGAUUUACUACAUGCCCUGGACUCCCUACCGCACGGACACUCUCACAGAGUACUCCUCCAAGGAGGACUUCAUCGCAGGACGGCCGACGACCACGUACAAGCUGCCUCACCGCGUCGACGGGACGGGCUUCGUGGUCUACGACGGAGCUUUGUUCUUCAACAAGGAGCGGACGCGCAACAUCGUCAAGUUCGACCUCCGCACGCGGAUCAAGAGCGGCGAGGCCAUCAUCGCCAACGCCAACUACCACGACACGUCGCCGUACCGCUGGGGCGGCAAGUCGGACAUCGACCUCGCCGUCGACGAAAUGGGCCUCUGGGUUUUGUACGCCACGGAGACGAACAACGGGCGCAUCGUGGUCUCGCAGCUCAACCCUUACACGCUUCGCAUCGAGGGGUCCUGGGACACCACCUACGACAAGCGGACCGCCUCCAACGCCUUCAUGGUGUGCGGCGUUCUCUACGUGGUGAAAACCGUCUACGAGGACGACGACAACGAGGCCACGGGGAACAAGAUAGAUUAUAUGUACAGCACCGCUCAGAGUAAAGAAACCUUUGUGUCCAUCCUGUUCCCUAACUCUUACCAGUACAUAGCAGCAGUGGACUACAAUCCCAGAGACAAUCUGCUGUACGUCUGGAACAACUAUCACGUAGUCAAAUACUUACUGGACUUCGGGAACAACGACAACAGAUUGGACUUGGUUCCUCCAGUCAUCCACGGGCCUCCCAAAGUCCCCUCCUCCUCUUCCUCCACCAGUCGGACCACGACCACCCGGUCUCCUCCCUACUAUACCACGGCGCGACCAAUCCUCACCACCUUCCCCGGUCAACGGUCCCGGACAACCACGACCGUGCGGAACCCUGCCGGUGGUGGCGUGGUCGUCCCCGGCGAUAACCAGAUCCCAGAGAUCGUUAACCCCGGUAACGGACGGUCGGUUCCAGCCAUGGGUGUUCCCCCUCUGCCUCCCCAGCCCCCGGUCAUACCCCCCCAGGACCACUGCUCCCCCAGGGUGACAGCUGAAGUGUCCUGGCCCAGAACCCAGCAGGGACAGAUGGCCAAGCAGCCCUGUCCUGUAGGGACACUAGGCGUAGCUACAUACGUGUGUGUUGCUCAGCAGGGCUACUGGGAUCCCCAAGGCCCCGACAUCAGCAACUGCACGUCUCCCUGGGUCAACCACAUCAUGCAGAAAUUGCGUAGUGGCGAGACGGCAGCCGUGGUUGCCAGGGAGCUGGCCGAGCAGACUAAAGGGUUGUUGCGUCCCGGUGACGUCCCCUCUACGGUGAGGGCCAUGGCCCAGCUGGUUGACCUGCUGGAUGUUCAGCUCAGAAACCUGACCCCCGGGGGCAAGGACAGCGCCGCCCGCAGCCUCAACAAGCUGCAGAAGAGAGAGAGGUUCUGCAGGUUUUUCCUCCAGGUAUUUCAGCCUUCCUAUCUGUCAUAUUUAUUCACCUCCCUCAACGACAGCAUGCCUGCUGCAUAUUGAAAGCAUCGCACGUCAAGGCAGCGCUGUGCAUAGAAUCAUAAUUAUAUGGCACCGUGGUUUGGGUUGUCUUGUCAUUUUUUUUAUUUGCUAUAAAACCCUUUGAAGAGUGAGUUCGUUGACAGAGAUAUAUUUUGGAAUGAUUCUCUCUAUUGUAGAAUUCUAGAGUUGUGUUCCAGAACUCUCCAGUUCUAUUCCAUGAGGAUAGAAUCCUCAGCCCUCUGUGAUGUCAUCAUUAGAACUACAGAGAAGGCUCCAUCAAUACAAGGUCUAAUAUGCUCCUCAAAGGGUUCGCUGAGUGUGUUUUGAUGUUGUGUUCGUUUUUUUUGUGUGCCUUUUUAUAUACUUUUAAUAAAAAACGAAAAGUUAUAUCUAGAACCUAAAACAAUCCUUUGGCUGUCCCCGGUUAGGAAAACCUUUUGAAGAACCCUUGUUGGUUCCAGGUAGAACCAUUUUCAUUCCAAGUAGAACUGUUUUGGGUUCCAGGUAGAACCAUUUUCAUUCCAAGUAGAACUGUUUUGGGUUCCAUGUAGAACCCUUUCCACAGAGGGUUUUUACCUGGAAUCAAUAAGGGUGUUUCUUACGGGGACAGACGAAGAACCCAAAGGAUCCUUUUGGAACCCUUCAUCAAAUCCAAUCAAUGUUGGGUUCCUGUUGACUCUUUGAUAAGAUUUG